GAGGUGCCACACUUUUUAUUGCUGCGCUUCCUGGGUGUGUUGAUACGCUGCUUAUAUCAGUUUUAUUAGUAAACGUUAACAUUAUCGGCAAUAGGAACUGAUUUGGUCUAUUAAAACCUAUAGCUUCCACACACAACACAAAUGACGUGAGUGUUUGACCUCUCGGGUUUUAUAUACUGUUUACCUGUGACGUCAAUGUGGUGACCAACACAUAUAUCAGUCUGAAAUUCAAGUACUUAAACAGGUAUCUCUAAACAGUGUUGGAUAAACAAACGUAGCGGUCGAAUAUUGUGUGUAGAGGGAUUAUAGAAACGUCUUGUAAAACGGGUGGAAUUGGUUGUUCCCUAAAACAAAUUUGGAAUAAGAAUAUAUUUUGUUUGAGGAUACCUUUCAAAAGAAGUGACAAAACUUAGAAACAAAAAGCAGAUGUCGUUUGUGACUGGAAUCGGUCUGGAUUCAGAAUACUGAACUCUGAAUGUAAACACUGACGUCCAUCGUCCAUCGCCAUGUCGAAACUGAUCUAUUUCUUCAACGAUUCGUGUGUUCCAGUUAGAUAUCCAUGUAAACCUGGUACAGACAACUUAGCAGACCCGUGUGACUGUCAAACCUUCUACGAAUGUCAAACUACAGGAUAUACAUUCCUUCAACGUCAAUGCGCUGGUGGUCUUUUCUGGAACCACCUGAAUGGUUUCUGCCAGAACCAAAACGACAUUGCUAUAAAACAGAAAUUAUGUAUACCAAAUACACCUUGGAUGAGAUGCGCCAAUGUAUCCUCAGACUCCGAUCUUUCUGCCCUGUCUUUUAAAUGCACUGGUUCCACCCUGAUUCCUACGACUGUCACGGAGGGUCUCCCAGCCGAGGCAGACGACACGGGGGCCAUAGUGGGUGGCAUUAUAGGCGGAUUACUGGUGGUCGCCAUCAUUGUAGCUGUCGUGAUUUUUCUUGUCAAGAAAGGAAAACCUUUAAGCGAGUAUAUACCGCAUCCACGUGUGAGAAAGUCCGUAAGUAACCCAGAGUACAACAAUGCCGAAGAACCCUACGCUGAAAUCAACAAUUUCAACAACAUGGAUGACCCGGAAUACAAAGACGGUACUAUGAAUAAACCUGCACUUCCACACAGAACGGAAAUUGCUACUGCGCCCGUGAUAAGCAUUAAACAAAAGAACUCCGUAUUUCACGAGGAAGUGGCAUACGACAACCCUGGCUAUGCUCGGGACACUUCCGAUUCACGUGACAUCACAAUUAGCAUGAAUCAGGAAACUGCGAAGGAAGACGAAGACAUUAAUAAGCAGCCAUUCUACUCUACCUUGGAUAGAUCUUCUCUGCAAAUACCCCAGCCAAUGUCGUAUACCAGUCUGAGAGAAAGUCAACAGGCGUCACUGAAUGGCGUGGGGCAGGUUGAUGAUGAGGGGUACCAAGUCCCUACACCAAAAGAAGACGAGCCGCAGUAUGAGUUGGAGAAUAACCGAAUACACAUCAAUCCUAAAGUUGGAUUGUAAAUGUAAUUCGUAGUUCAGGUACAAAUCCAAGAAGUGGAUAUUGGGAUGUGCAUCCUCUCCCCUAAUUGGGUUUUGACCCCUGGGUCACAGCCUACUUUGGAAUACUACAGAUGCCCCUUUCUAAAGUUGCAUCUCACCCCUAAAUAAGUCUUGACUCCACCUCUUCGUAUGAUCAGCAUGACGAAAUAUGCUAAAGAUGGGCCGUAGAUGUUCAUAAGCAUUAGAAAAGGGACAAGCACACAUACUUCCAAUAUGGUGUGUGAAGGUUCGUUCAUAGCUAAAAAAAAUAAAAUAAUACACAGAAAUUGCAAGAACGGAUUGUGAACGUUCUCAUUAUGAGUUAAACAAAGGGACGGAUCUGUGCACGUAAAAAUCUCGAAGAUGAUUUCUGCGCCCAUCUAUGUUACAAAUACGAAUAUAUCAUUAACAUUUUCCCAAAUAAAACAUAAUUCACAAAUUCUUGUGGAGACGUCAUAGGGGUGACGAGUUCAGGAUCUUCGUCUUUCCAGAUGUCUUGAUGUUAGAUUAAUAGUCCAUACGUGUUGAUUUUCAAAAAUGGUAUUUCUGCAUCGACAUGGCAUUAUAAAGAGUAGCCAAAAGUAUUUUAAUAGUCUGAUGAAUAACAAUGGCUGUCCUCCCUGCUCCAGUUAGCAACAUGGUUACUCGAACAUUAAUACAUAUAAACGAUAGUUUGUUUCUCUAUUUAAAAUUAUAUUUAAUGUUUAGUAUGUGCCUGUCAGUGCGCCCGUGUAUGUUUAGUGUGUGUGUGUGUGUGUGUAUGUGUGUGUGUUUAGUGUGUGUAUGUGUAUGUGUGCGUGUCUGUCUGUGUGUGUGUGUGUGUGCGUGUGUGUGUAAAUUAUAUAUUUGUGUAUGUUUGGUGUUAGAUGCAAUAAUGUGGCGCUGAUUUCUUUUAAGGUAAAAUAAGUCGACAUUUCCCGCUGUUUAAUUGUAUUCAUAUAGUCACCAUCACUGAACAUUAGACAUCUAAUGAAGACUAUGUACUUCACUAUCACUGAACGUUAGACCUAAUGGAGACUGUACUUCACUAUCACUGAACGUUAGAUCUAAUGGAGACUGUACUUCACUAUCAUUGAACGUUAGAUCUAACGGAGUCUGUACUUCACUUUCACUGAACGUUAGAUCUAAUGGAGACUGUACUUCACUAUCACUGAACGUUAGAUCUAAUGGAGACUGUACUGUAUAUCACUGUCACUGAACGUUAGAUCUAAUGGAGACUGUACUUCACUAUCACUGAACGUUAGAUCUAAUGGAGACUGUACUUCACUGUCACUGAACAUUAGAUCUAAUGGAGUCUGUACUUCACUGUCACUGAACGUUAGAUCUAAUGGAGACUAUACUUCACUGUCACUGAACAUUAGACAUCUAAUGGAGACUAUACUUCACUGUCACUGAACGUUAGAUCUAAUGGAGACAGUACUUCACUGUCACUGAACAUUAUACAUCUAAUGGAGACUGUACUUCACUGUCUCUGAACAUUAGAUCUAAUGGAGACUGUACUUCACUAUCACUGAACGUUAGAUCUAAUGGAGUCUGUACUUCACUGUCACUGAACAUUAGACAUCUAAUGGAGACUAUACUUCACUGUCCCUGAACAUUAGACAUCUAAUGGAGACUGUAAUUCACUGUCACUGAACAUUAGAUCUAAUGGAGACUGUACUUCACUUUCACUGAACGUUAGAUCUAAUGGAGACUGUACUUCACUGUCACUGAACGUUAGAUCUAAUGGAGACUGUACUUCACUGUCACUGAACGUUAGAUCUAAUGGAGACUGUACUUCACUGUCACUGAACGUUAGAUCUAAUUGAGACUGUACUUCACUAGCACUGAACAUUAGAUGUAAUGGAGACUGUACUGUAUAUCACUAUCACUGAACAUUAGACAUAUAUAUAUAUAUAUACUCAACAACGAAUGUUUAGCUAAUGUUAAAAGAAAUGGCAUAACAUUUAUAAAUUAACCUAUAUUUAUUAAUUAGUAUUCACAUCUAAAAUGUUUACCAUUUACAAAC